CAGAUCGAUUAACAUGUCGGCAAGUAUUAAACAUAAUGGUGAUACUCGGGUUUAUGCUCAAUUAUAUGUUAAGAGUAAAUCUAACGAUUGCAAUAGUUGCAAUGGUAAUUCCAAGUAACACAUCACAUUCCAAUACAUCUUUUGUUAACCAUGAGUGUUCGGGAGCUUUACUUUUUACGGUCGUUAAUAAUUCUACAAUUAACACUAGAGAAGAUAUAGAUAAUACAAAUAAUACGACGCAUGAAACGGAGAGGGUACCCGAUGAAAGACCACAAACGAGGUAUGCUUGGGAUGAAUAUGAAGUGAAUUUUAUUUUGGGUGCAUUUUUUUGGGGAUAUAUAUGUACUGAAUUACCAGGAGGGCGUCUGGCUGAAGUUAUUGGUGCUAAAAGAGUUUUUGGAUACUCAAUGCUUAUUUCAAGUCUGGUCACUCUACUUACUCCAAUUUCUGCAUCAUUUGGGUAUCAAUUUGUUGCUGGUCUCAGAGUUAUUUUGGGCUUUAUGUUGGGUGCAACUUGGCCAGCAAUACACCCAAUGACAUCCCUUUGGAUUCCACCAUCAGAACGAAGCAAGUUCAUCUCAAAUAUGAUGGCUUCCUCACUUGGUGCUGCAAUUACUAUGCCGAUUUGUGGCUUUCUAAUAGCAUCUGUUGGCUGGGAAUCUGUUUUCUAUCUGACCGGUGGAAUAAGCAUAAUCUGGAGCAUCGCCUGGUUUACUCUUGUCUAUGAUUCUCCAGCAAAACAUCCUAGAAUUAGUAAUGAAGAGAGAAGAUUUAUUGAAGAAUCCAUUGGUACAACAUCUUCAAAGAAGGUACAUGCUGUUCCUUGGAGGUCUAUUUUCACAUCACUCCCUGUCUGGGCAAUUAUUAUUACUCAUGGUUGCAGUGUCUUUGGAUACUUUACUGUUGUAAAUCAGCUUCCAACAUAUUUUAAAUAUAUUUUAGACUUUAAUAUUAAAAAGAAUGGACUUUUAUCAUCAUUGCCUUACAUAGGAAAAUAUGUGUUUGCCCUGGCAACAUCAACACUAGCAGACUAUCUACGUCGUACAGGAAAACUUUCAAUCACUACCAUCCGCAAAACAUUUACAACAUUCGCUGUACUGGUACCAGGAUUAUUAAUGAUACUUCAAGCUAAUUUCGGCUGUGAUCGAGUGAUAUCUGUUGCAAUAUUUACAAUAGCAUUAACAAUAAACGGUGCCGUGACCGCUGGGUAUCUUGGCAAUGGACUUGAUAUUGCUCCUAAUUUCUCUGGUACUAUUUUCGGAUUAGCUAACACACUCAGUUCACUUGGUGGAUACCUAAGUAGUUUUAUGGUUGGUAAAUUGACUUAUCAAAACCAAACAUACCAUCAAUGGUCUAUUGUUUUUUGGAUUUUAUCUGUUACUUAUAUUACUGGUGCAAUAACUUUCGCUAUUUUUGGUUCUGGUGAAUUGCAAAAGUGGAAUAGUCCUGAUAGUAGUGUAACAGUGAAAAAAGUUGAUACCAAUGAUGCUAAAACUAACGACGAAGUUAUAUCUUUAAAUGAUAAAUGA